GGACUCGCACGCCGGCGCUCCGCCCGGGGCCGCCUGAACUCGGACUCGGGAUUGGGAGGGCCGGGGAGAGACCCCUGUCGCGGGCGAGGCCUGGGGCGGCGCUCUCCCCUGUGGGACCCAACACCGCGGCUUCCGGCUGGGAGCCCAGCGUUUGGAGUCGCGGGCGACGCGGAGUGCGCGGGAGCGGAGCUUUCCCUCCCGCGGGCGGGCGACACCGGGGCCGGGGAAGGCUCUGCCGCGGGGUCGCGGGGGCAGGGGGCGGAGCACGGGGCGGAGCCGGCCGGGAGCCGCAUCCCGGCCGCGCGGCCGCCCUCCCCUCCUCCCUUCCCCGCCCCAGCCGGGAUAGGGGUGCGGUCCCGAGGGCCUCCUGUGGCUUCCCCCUUUGCGACCCGCUCCCGGGAGCGUUCCAACGCCCACAGCCUGCUUUCCGGGAACGCUUACCCGGCCGUGCGCCCCAGUUUCGCGCAAGCUGCCUGGCCGCCGAGGACGUUCUGACGCCUUCGGGGAACGCCCUCGACCACGCGACUCUGGCCGGGUACCGCUCUCAGUCCCCGGUGUUGCAGCCGCCGAGCAGCGGUGAGUAGCAUGCGGGACUACGACGAGGUGACCACGUUCCUGGGCGAGUGGGGGCCCUUCCAGCGCCUCAUCUUCUUCCUGCUCAGCGCCAGCAUCAUCCCCAACGGCUUCAAUGGAAUGUCAGUCGUGUUCCUGGCCGCCACCCCGGAGCACCGCUGCCGGGUGCCGGACACGGCGAACCUGAGCGGCGCGUGGCGCAACCACAGUAUCCCGCUGCGGCUGCAGGACGGCCGCGAGGUGCCUCACAGCUGCCGGCGCUACCGGCUCGCGGCGAUCGCCAACUUCUCGGCGCUCGGGCUGGAGCCGGGGCGCGAUGUGGACCUGGAGCAGCUGGAGCAGGAGGGCUGCGUGGACGGCUGGGAGUUCAGCCGGGACAUCUACCUGUCCACCAUCGUGACCGAGGUGGGUGUGGGAAUGACCCUCCAUCUGCUCCAGACCCCUCGAGGCGCCCUGGCGGUCCCUGGACGGGGGUGUUCUCAAGGACAUUAUCCUCAACAUCAUGGCGUGACCCCUUUGUGGAAGGAAGUAUGCAGGAGAGACUUCUCUCAGUGGAAUCUAGUGUGUGAGGAUGAUUGGAAGACGCCCCUCACCUCCUCCCUGUUCUUCCUGGGCGUGCUCUUCGGCUCCUUCGUGUCUGGGCAGCUAUCUGACAGGUUUGGCAGGAAGAGCAUCCUCUUCGCAACCAUGGCCGUGCAGACUGGCUUCAGCUUCCUGCAGAUUUUCUCCAUCAACUGGGAGAUGUUUACUGUAUUAUUUGUCAUCGUCGGCAUGGGCCAGAUCUCCAACUAUGUGGUGGCCUUCAUUCUAGGAACAGAAAUUCUUGGCAAGUCAGUUCGUAUUCUAUUCUCCACGUUAGGAGUGUGCACAUUUUUUGCAGUUGGCUACAUGCUGCUGCCGCUGUUUGCUUACUUCAUCCGAGACUGGCGGAUGCUGCUGCUGGCGCUCACGGCGCCCGGGGUGCUGUGCGUCCCGCUGUGGUGGUUUAUUCCCGAAUCUCCCCGGUGGUUGAUAUCCCAGAGAAGAUUUAGAGAGGCUGAAAGUAUCAUCCAAAAAGCUGCAAAAAUGAACAACAUAGCUGCCCCGAUGGUGAUUUUUGAUCCUGUGGAGCUACAGGAACUAAAACUCCCAAGUCAGCAGAAAGUUUUCAUUCUGGACCUAUUCAGGACUCAGAAUAUUGCCACAAUAACCAUCAUGUCCUUGCUGCUCUGGAUGCUAACCUCAGUGGGUUACUUUGCUCUGUCUCUCAACGCUCCUAAUUUACACGGAGAUGCCUAUCUGAACUGUUUCCUUUCUGCCUUGAUCGAAGUUCCAGCUUACAUCACAGCCUGGUUGUUGCUUCGAACCCUGCCUCGGCGUUACAUCAUAGCUGGAGUACUGUUCUUGGGAGGAGGUGUGCUUCUCUUAAUCCAGUUCGUACCUGCAGAUUACAACUUCUUGUCCAUUGGUCUGGUGAUGUUAGGAAAGUUCGGGAUCACCUCUGCUUUCUCCAUGCUGUAUGUCUUCACUGCAGAGCUUUACCCCACCCUGGUCAGGAACAUGGCUGUGGGGGUCACAUCCAUGGCAUCCAGAGUGGGCAGCAUCAUUGCUCCCUACUUUGUUUACCUCGGUGCUUACAACAGAGUUCUGCCCUACAUCGUCAUGGGUAGCCUGACUGUCUUCAUUGGAAUCAUCACCCUUUUCUUCCCGGAAAGUUUUGGAAUGACUCUACCAGAGACCUUAGAGCAGAUGCAGAAAGUGAAAGGGUUCAGGUUUAGGAAAAAACCAAGAGAUUCAGUAGAGAAGGAAGAAAAUCCCAAAGUUCUAAUAACUUCAUUCUGAUAAGAUCUCCACCCCAUUUGGUGACCUGAAAACCAGCUGCAUCAGACUCUACGAGGAAACCAAAGCCUUUCCUGAGGAACUGGACCAAGCCUGACGAUGAACACUAAGAUGACUCUGCUAUUGAGAAACGCUUGUCAUAGAGCACACUCCAGAUAUAAUCUCCUUAAUUUUAAUAAAAAACCAUUUCUAGAGA